CCGCCAGCCACCAGUCACCUCCCAGCCAGGGCACAAUCACGCACACCUGUCCUGAGGAGAGAUAAACACCUGCCCUCCAGCAAACAAGCGAACAAACAAACAAACAAACAUCAUGAUUGCCCAGGUCUCUCUAAUCUCUCUCCUGCUGGUUCACGGCGCCCUCUGCUUCCCUACUGACCACGGCGUUGAGCAGAAGUCUUAUAAGGAUUCUGGCAUGCCGUACACCUUUGCUUAUGGAGUGAAGGAUGACUACGCUGGCACGGACUUCGGGCAGGAGGAGAACAGUGACGGCAACACAGUACGGGGCUCCUACACUGUGCAACUCCCCGACGGCCGCAAGCAGACGGUGAACUACGAGGCUGACCAUUACAAGGGUUUCGUGGCUGACGUUCAGUACUACGGAGAGGCGCAGUACCCCCACGAUUACGGCGCCCCUGUGACCUUUGCCCCACAAGGUUACGGCCACAGUGCUCCCGUUUACCAGCCCCAACCUUCCUAUAGCUGAAGUUUCCCCCGUCCCUUUGUAAACUGACCCAUACGUUGAGUUGAAUGCAUUUUUUUACCGUUUUGUACCAUGUCUGUGAAUUUUUUUUGUAUCUCAUCUGUCUACCUGUCCACAAACCAAAGCUUAGGUCAAUAGUUCUGUCCCUGUCACGUUUGUCUGUCUGUCUAUCUGUCUGUCUGUCUGUCUAUCUAUUUUGUUGUCGAGUAAAUAUAUGUUUGUUUCUCAUA